UGGAAUUUCAGCAACAUCAACAGGGUAUUUUUGUUUGUGAAAGAACCCUAUUCGUUGCGGAUAUGCUCCGUUGCUAUGGUGAUUAUACAAACGCAUUCAAACUAAACGAUUACUAUCAACUUAACUUCACAACUGUGUAUUUCAACAAAAAAUUAAGAUAAUGGAAAGGCUGGAACCAAAACCCAAGUCUAUAUCAAGAGCACAAAAAUGGACAGAUUCGGUGGAAGAAGCCUAUAGAUUCCAAUGUGCAGGUUACCGAGAUGAGAUGGAGUAUAAAUAUUUUCAAAAAGCUAAAAUUGAUAGAUGGCCUCACAAUGGCUAUGUCAAGAAAUUACAGAGGAAAGAUGGCAGUUUUUUUUACUUCAAUAAAACCAGAGAAUGCCCGGAGAAAGAUAUUUCAAAAACUAAACUCUAUGUAUAUUAGUCUCUAACCAGCUGGCAAAAAUAUAUAUAUUACAUAGGCACAUACUCACUUUCCCUUUCACUCUCUCUCUCUCUAUCUAUGAUAUAUGUAUACAUAUAUAUAUAUAUAAACAGCAAUUUUAAUUUAUUGAACAUUCCAUAGCUAAUUGGUUCAUUGUCAACAUGAUGAAUAAAUGAAUCCUAAAUUAUUUACUUCCAUCAAACAUUUCACAAAUAAGCUGCAUUUAUUAUUAAAAAUACACCUGCUUCUAAUGAGAUGAAUCCAAAAAACUCUCUCAAUCUGAUCUGCAAUAAAAACUUCAUUAAAAUUUA